AUGACCUUCAAGGAGCGACACCCACCCAUUCUUGACGGCGCUUGCCCUCUUGCCAUGCUUACGAUCACGUGGGCCCAUCACCGUGCGCUCCACGGGGGCUUUCGCAUCACCAGCGCGUACACCGUCAAGCGUGCUUGGAUCAUCGGUGGCUCCCGGAAAGUCAAGGCUUUCCUACGCAGUUGCGUUACUUGUGCUCGCCUCCAAGCCCGAUCAGCUGUCCAGUUAAUGGCUUUUCUCCCACGGUCACGAGUUACUCCCUUCCGCGCCAUCGGUCGCACUGGGAUCGACUACGCCGGGCCGUUCCACGUCCUCGCAGCUAAAGGCCGAGGCGUUCACACCACGAAGGGUUACAUCGCCAUAUUUGUCUGUCUCACCACGAAGGCAUUACAUCUGGAGCUCGUAGGCGAUCUAUCAACCGUCUCCUUUCUUGCGGCUCUUACCCGCUUCUCUGGUCACCGGAGAAAACCGUCUGAACUCUGGAGCGACAACGCGACGUGCUUCCAUCGAGCUGACACCGAGUUGCGCGACGCGCUCCGUCUUGCUGAGCACCGGUGGGACCUCGUCGCGGGUGCCCUAGCGGAUCAAGAUAUCGAGUGGCAUUUUAUCCCUCCCCACCCAAUCAGGAUCUCGACCAUCUGGCUCACUGGGAGAUUGUCCGGGGCAUCAGAGCACAAUUCUGGGCCCGAUGGAGUCGGGAGUAUCUUAAUACUCUUCAACAGCGAUCGAAGUGGAUCACCCCUCAUCGGAACCUGA